GACCUUUGAGACGUAUUUCGUUUUAGCCCGGAGGUGCACCUGGUCUUUAAAUGGUACCCGAACCCGACCCGGAUGUUUCUUUGUCUCGUGUUCUCUGCAUAGAAGCGACUCAUAACUCUGUAUUUAGCAAUAGAUCUAUCGUCUCGUUCUUUCUGGUUUCACUAAAUUCUCUCUUCAAAUACUUUCUCUCUAAUUCAAUCCCUAAUCUCAUAGGGUUCUGGAUCUUUAUCCCAUUCUUUUCAAUCUCUGAUCCUUCCCUCUCACUCCCUCAUGUAGUGUUUUUUCAAUUUCAGUUACCGCCAUAAAUUCAUUUUUCUUUUUUUUUCUUCAAUUUUUUAAAUUAAUGGCCUCGUUUCGGCGGACACUGUCGCCGGCGUAUCCCGAUCGCCAGUACCUAAACGGUUCGUUUCCGGUUUCCUCUCCCACGCAUAAGCUCGCUUCCGGGAACGCCAAGUACUCGUCGCCGUUACCGGCUCUUGCGGCGGCGUUUCGGCGACUCGUCGGCGGUGUUUUCACGCGCCGGCACGGUCGGAAAGGGCAGUGGAGACGAGCGGCGUUCAGGUGCGUUCUGUGUUUCUUCGUAGGGUUCUUGCUAGGCAUGUUUCCCUUCGGCCACAUGGCGGAGGACAUUCGGUCGCACGAAAUCUCGUUCGAGAUGAAGCCGCCGCUGCCGCAUUCGAACAACGCGCAGCAGCUUCUACAGGAAGAUCGCGUUCUGCGGAAUCGCGUCGAUGAGGGUUUCGUGAUCGAUCCGGUGAGCCUAAGCGCGGAGAGGGAGAGGCAGGGUGAUGGGUUCGAUCUUGUGCCGAGGAAGCCGCUGAUUGUGGUGACGCCGACGUACGGCCGAGCUUUUCAGGCGUAUUUCCUGAACCGGUUGGGGCAGGUGUUGCGGCUGGUGCCGCCGCCGGUGGUGUGGAUUGUGGUGGAGAUGAAGGCGGCGUCGAUGGAGACGGCGGAGGUACUGAGGAAGACGGGAGUGAUGUAUAGGCAUUUGGUGUGCAAUAAGAAUUUGACGGAUGUGAAGGACAGGGGGGUUCAUCAGAGGAACACAGCGUUGGAACACAUUGAGCGUCAUAGGCUCGAUGGGAUUGUUUACUUUGCGGACGAUGAUAAUGUGUAUUCUCUUGAGUUGUUUGACUCCUUGAGAGACAUCAGCCGCUUUGGCACUUGGCCUGUUGCCAUGCUUGCACCAAGCAAGAACAAGGCCAUUUUGGAGGGUCCUGUAUGCAAUGCAAGCCAAGUGAUCGGAUGGCAUACAAAUGAGAAAAGUAAAAGACUUCGUAGAUUUCAUGUUGAUAUGUCUGGAUUUGCAUUCAACAGCACAAUCUUGUGGGAUCCAAAACGAUGGAGGCGCCCUUCUUUAAAUCCCAUUAGACAGUUAGACACAGUGAAGGAAGGUUUUCAAGAGACCACCUUUAUAGAACAAUUAGUGGAAGAUGAAAGUCAAAUGGAAGGCUCACCUCAUGGCUGUUCCAAAAUAAUGAAUUGGCAUCUUCAUUUAAGUGCUCAUAAUACAGUUUACCCAAAAGGUUGGGUGCUUCAGAAAAACCUAGAUGCUAUCAUACCUGUCAAGUAAUCCUCCACCAAUUCUAUUGUGAGUGUGUGAUAGUUAGCCCAUAUUUGGUAUUGGUUCAUCACAGAAUAUAUGGAUGCAUGAGUUAGCCACCAUUGGCACUAAUGCAUUGUGUCGCCGGGCCACACUGGAACAGGCUAUUGACUUUGUUCCCGAAGUCUCUUGCACAAAAAUGUUUGCAAGGGAAAAUUUUUGCUGUUGUAAAGUAUGUGUACCUUAUUUCUUUGGGAGAAAUAGAUUCUUUGAGAAGAAAAAAAAAAGAACUUUUACUCGAUUGUUGGAUUUCAAUAUUAUACACAGCUAUGUAUAGGUGGAUAUCAUCUGGGGCCAAUUAAUGGCGUCCCAUACAGUUUCUGAUUUAGGCCGUACAUCAAAAUCUGCAGAGGGUAAUGUCUCAAAUGUACACUCUUUUCCUCUUAUUCUUUCAAUUCAUGCAAUUCUUCUCACCACUUGCUUAA